AUGACACAAACGACGUCCAAAUUCAACCAUCUUCCUCGUGCAGCUGCAGGGCCCCUAAAGUGUCCUUUACAAGGCACACCACUGCUAGCAUCGUCCCAUUUCAACAAAGGAUCGGCUUUUCCCAAGGAUGAACGCGCUGCGUUCAAGUUGACCGGGUUACUCCCGCCAAACAUCCAGACUCUCGAAGAACAAGUCGAGCGUGCUUAUCAGCAAUAUGGUAGUCGUGAGAAUGACUUGGCCAAGAAUACCUUCAUGGCGAGCAUGAAGGCGCAGAAUGAGGUUCUGUAUUACAAGCUUCUUCAAACUCAUCUCAAAGAGAUGUUCAGUGUGAUCUACACCCCCACGGAAGGAGAGGCGAUUCAGAAUUACUCUCGCUUGUUCCGUAAGCCCGAAGGCUGCUUCCUGAAUAUUCGAGAUCAGGAUUCCAUCGAAGAAAGUAUGAUGGCCUUGAGUGGGGAUGCCGAAGACAUCGAUUAUAUUGUCGUUAGUGAUGGAGAAGAGAUCCUGGGAAUCGGAGAUCAAGGAGUAGGCGCCAUUCUGAUUUCAGUCGCGAAACUGGUGAUCACCACUCUCUGCGCGGGAAUCCAUCCAUCGCGUCAAUUGCCCGUCGUCCUGGACUGCGGCACAAAUAACGAAGAGUUGCUCAAGGACGAGCUCUAUCUCGGUCUCAGAGAGCCUCGUGUCCGAGGGCAGGAGUAUGACCAAUUUCUGGACAAAUUUGUGCAAAUUGCUCGCAGGCGUUUCCCAAAUGCCUAUAUCCAUUUUGAGGAUUUUGGUCUUUCAAACGCAAAACGAAUCCUCGACAAGUACCAAUCCCAAAUCCCGUGCUUCAAUGAUGAUAUCCAAGGUACCGGCUGUGUUACCCUGGCAGCUAUGCUUACGGCCCUGCAGGUCAGCGACGUGAAGAUUGAGGAUGUUCGAGUGGUCAUAUUUGGCUCUGGGACCGCCGGGACUGGCAUCGCAGAUCAGAUUGUGGAGACCAUCACCACCCAGGCGAACAAAUCCAAGGAGGACGCCUGUAAACAGAUUUGGUGUAUCGACAAACCGGGCCUCCUUCUCAAAUCCCACGGUGAUAAACUCACCGACGCCCAAGCCACAUUUGCCAGAGACGACAAGGAGUGGCCAGACGACAAGAACCUCGACCUUUUAACCGUGAUCCGUCAAGUUCAACCACAUGUGCUCAUCGGAACCUCCACCAAACCGGGAGCUUUCACAGAGGAAGUCGUCCGAGAAAUGGCCAAACACGUCGACCGCCCCAUCAUUUUCCCCCUGAGUAAUCCAACUCGUCUCCAUGAAGCCAAACCCCAGGAUUUGUACAAUUGGACAGAAGGAAAAGUCUUGACUGCGACUGGAAGUCCGUUCCCCCCCGUGGAGUACGAGGGUCAAAAGUACGAGAUUGGUAGGUCCACGCAACAAAUUGACAUUUCUCUCCCCUCUUUCCUUCCCCCCCCUCCAAAUCAAUCAGUUUUAGUCCACAUGCUCGUUCAGACUCAACCUCAUACUAAAUCCCUCCCCUCCCCAGCCGAAUGCAACAACUCAACAUGUUUCCCCGGUAUCGGCCUCGGCGCCAUCCUAUCACGCAGCCGACUCGUUUCCAAGAAGAUGCUCGUCGCCGCCACCGAAGCAUUACAAGCGAAAUCCCCAUCACUCGCGGAUCCCACUCAGCCACUCUUACCAGAUGUAGAAGACGUUCGGGAAAUCAGCGUGAAUAUCGCUGCGGGUGUGAUUCGAUGCGCGCAGGAGGAAGAUCUCGCGGAGGAGAAGGACAUUCCUGCGGAUGAAUCCGAGUUGAAAGAGUGGAUUCGAGCGCAGAUGUGGGAGCCUGUUUAUCGGCCUUUGGCGAAGGCGGAAUAA